AUGUCUUUAACUUUGAUGUGUGCAGUGUUUCUUUAUAUGUUUUAUGCAUAUGGAUCAUCAAUAGCUGGUUGGAAUCAUUGUAGACCAGUGAUUUCUGUUGAUGCAACUUUUUUGAAGUCAAAAUAUCGUGGUAUUUUAAUGAUUUCAGUUUCAAAGGAUGCAAAUAACCAAAUAUUCCCACUAGCCUUUGGAAUUGCAGAAUCUAAAAAUAACAAUUCCUAUGAGUGGUACUUUAGUGAGCUUCGCAAUGCAAUUGGGAGCCGUGGCAAUUUAAUUUUUUUAUCGGACAUGCAUCAAUCUAUUGCACAUGGCAUUGCAAAGGUAUAUCCUGAAAGCCACCAUGAGAUUUGUAUCUAUCAUUUGGAGCAGAACCUAAAGCGAAGGAAAGUAAAAAGUGAGGUCAUAAAACUUUUUCAAAGUGCUGCAAGAGUAUAUAGUCGCAAAGAAUUUGAUCUAUACAUGUCAGAUAUAGCAAAAGUUGAUAAGAAGACUUUUCACUACUUGAUGGAAGAACCACCGGAAAGGUGGGCACGUUCUUGUAGUCCACGGCGAAUAUAUGACAUGCUCACAACAAACAUAGUUAAGUCAAUGAAUUCUGUGCUAUUAGAAGCAAGGGAAUUGCCUAUAUUAAGAAUGAUGGAUUUCAUCCAAGUGAAGCUACAACGUUGGUUUUAUGAAAGAAGAAAUAAAGCAGAAGGAUCUUUUUAUGACGUUUCUUGUUGGGUAGAAGAGGAAUUGAAGAAAAAGAUAGAUUUAGCUUUUACUUUAAAUGUCUUCCCUGUUGAUUCAUGGCGUUCUAGAGUUGAGGAAGAAGGAAUUACUUUCUUGGUGGACAUAAACAAAAGAACAUGUGAUUGUUUUCAGUUUCAAUAUGAUGAAUUACCAUGUAUACACGCAAUUGCAGCUAUCGAGAAGAGAAACAUCAAGAAGUCCAAUUUCUGCUCGGACUG